AUGGCAGAAACCACCAGAAUCCUCCACACCACACUCAUACCAAGUUUCUUGCAAAAACCAUCCCCACCUCUCAAAACCACUCACUUUCACUCUCAAACCAUCCUGCGACGAAACCCAAUUCGAUGCUCUAUCUCUACCAGUAGUGACACCACCAAAAGCACCACAACGGACCAUCUUCAGAUUCCGUGGGGCUGCGACGUAGAUUCUCUAGAAAAUGCGUCGGCGUUGCAGAAAUGGCUGUCGGAAUCCGGUCUACCUCCCCAGAAAAUGGGCAUAGAGAGGGUGGAUAUUGGGGAGAGAGGGCUAGUUGCUCUCAAGAAUAUCAGGAAGGGAGAGAAGUUGCUUUUUGUGCCUCCCUCUCUUUUCAUCACUGCAGAUUCGGAGUGGAGCUUCCCAGAGGCUGGUGAAGUUUUAAAAAGGUAUAAUGUACCGGAUUGGCCAUUGCUUGCGACCUAUUUGAUUAGCGAGGCAAGUCUCAUGAAGAAUUCAAGAUGGAGUAACUAUAUAUCAGCCUUGCCUAGACAGCCCUACUCACUUUUGUACUGGACUCGUUCAGAACUUGAUAGGUACCUGGAAGCUUCACAGAUUAGACAGCGGGCAAUUGAAAGGAUUAAUGAUGUUACUGGCACAUACGAUGACUUGAGAUUAAAGAUAUUUUCCAAAUAUCCUCAUUUAUUUCCAGAAGAGGUGUUCAACAUGGAGAGUUUCAAAUGGUCAUUCGGAAUUCUUUUCUCACGAUUGGUCCGGUUGCCCUCAAUGGAUGGAAGGGUUGCCUUGGUUCCUUGGGCCAACAUGCUGAAUCAUAGUUGUGAGGUGGAAACAUUUUUAGAUUAUGAUAAAUCUUCACAAGGUGUUGUGUUCACAACUGAUCGGCCAUAUCAGCCAGGUGAGCAGGUUUUUAUAUCAUACGGUAAGAAGUCUAAUGGAGAGCUACUGCUGUCAUAUGGAUUUGUUCCUGGGGAAGGGACCAAUCCUAGAGAUUCAGUUGAGUUGUCGUUGUCUCUUAGAAAAUCUGACAAAUGUUAUAAGGAGAAGUUGGAGGCUCUGAAGAAGUAUGGAUUGUCAACGUGAGUACUGAUUGAUGAAUGGAAUCAUUUAAGGCUGAAAAAACCACUUUCAAAAAACGUGUUUACUGUUGUUAGUUUUGAUGUGAUUUUGGCUGAACUUACAUAUGAAUCCGUAGCUGGGACUACCAAUUAGUCUUACAUUUUUAUCUUUCCAUUACAUUGUUGUGCCAAUGUAUUAUCUACUAUGAACAGGCCACAAUGUUUUCGUUUGCAAAUCACUGGUUG